AAAACAAGCGCAAUGCUCGAGAAGAAACGACAGUGGCCGUGAUGCAAUCCAGUAAGGUUUCUGUCUUGACAGACUGGAUAUAGAGUCUAGAUCUAGAUGCCCAGAAAACGUCUCGAAGCACCAAUACUAAUUAGAUCUAGAUAUAGAUCUAGAUCUAAUAAUGGGGGGCGAUUCUCUUCUCGAGCCUAUCGUAUCGCUGGUAGAACUAGAAGGCGACUUACCGGUUCAGUUCAGGUGUGUGUGUAGAUCGUGUGUGGUCAGUGGUGUGUAGGUGUGUCAUUUUCUUUGUCAACAAGACGCGUGGUGACAAGUUAUGCCUUGCCGUGUGGCAGAUUUAGGACUUUAUUUGGCGUUUUUAUUGUUAAAAAAUGAUUUAAAACAAACUUUAGGUUCUAAUAAGCAAGAUGGUGUUGGCGAGAGGCUACUUUCUGAGAUUGUGAUCUAAAUUCCCAGUCUAUCACCAUGAGAUGAGAACUACAAGACGACGGCUGACUGAUUGGGUCUCCUGCUGGCUUUGACUGUGUGCGGCAGCGAUCAUCAUGAAGGUUAAGUGGAAAGAGUUCCUCGGAAAGCUUGGUCUCCGGUCGCAGUCACCCCCAGGCGGGGUGUUCGUCAGUGUCAACGUGAUGAAAUCGAUGCGCUCUCCGCCCGGGCGAAACUACCACACGAGCCGGGUCAUCUUGAGGGUCAGCAUCUGGACGUGCUUGUUCCUCGUUCUCUUCUUCUUCAUCGUCUACACAAUCCUACUGGCCUAUGUGGACGACCAGUUCCAUCCAGCCCUCAUCAGUCCACCGGGAAUAGUGUACCAUAAGAGGUUGCAUGGAAAGUUGAAUGUGGAUGAUGUGAAGAGCGGCAAUGCUGGAGCUCGUGUGGACCAAUCAAAGGAGGUUUUGUGGAAUUCUAGCCAGUUCUACAAUGAUGAGCCCAUGCCUCAGUGCAAGUGGCAGACGUUGUUUAGACUCUUGGUGGCUACCUCAGUACAAAACAAAGAUAGAAGAGAUCGGAUUCGGGAAACAUGGUGUAACCCAAAAGCAUUUGGUUUUCCCAAACAUUCGUGGCAUUGUAUCUUUCUGGUGGGUCAGGCUAAGUCGGAGAAACUGAAGUCUGAGCUAUAUAAAGAAUCGUCUCAGCAUCAAGAUAUGCUUGUGGGAAAUUAUGUCGAUACCUACCGUAAUCUGACUCUUAAAAUUAUCCAUGGUUUUAAUUGGAGCAUUAACUUCUGCCCCAGUGCUUAUGUUGUAAAAACAGACGACGACUGUUUCGUCAAUGCAGGGCUUUUACACAGAUUUUUAUUGUAUCACAAUCAAAAGACGAUAGACCUCUAUGUGGGAAGUGUCGUACAAGAUCGGGAGAAGCUUCGGGUCGUCCGUGGGGAUCAGAAAUGGUCUGUACCAUACUCGGAUUACCCUGAGAAGUAUUACCCCCCGUACGCUAGCGGCAUUGGCUACGUCAUGUCUUCAGAUGUGGCGAAGCGUCUCGUCUCAGGAAGUAUGUAUAUCAAACCAUUUGCUAAUGAAGACGCUUAUGUGGGGGUUGUGCUUUCCCGCAUCGGAGUGCAAUUUACAUCAAGUUCCAGGUUCAUGUUGAGCUCAGGAGGACUGUCGUUGUGCAAUUUCAUGUACGUGCUUAUGCUGCACGAUGUCUCUGUGGAGCGCCAGCGUGAGUUGAUGAAGAAAGCAUUAGCAGCACCAGAGCACUGCAAGCACCACAAGCCUGUGGAAACAUGGGAGUAGCUUCCCCUGGGUGUGUGGAGGACACAGGCCCCGCUGAAGGGUCUGAUACUAAAACAAAGAAGGUCCAGUGCCUUACUUUUCAAAGUAAUCAACAACAGACUACUCACAAUACAGUAUUUCAUGCAGGUCCCAACGAACAAUUCAGUGACGCAGCAAAAUGUCAGACGUGUAUUUUAUGGAAAUAGCUCUGUUCUUUACUUUUGUACAUGCCGUGUGAUAGUGUAAGACAUUGAGAGACAUUCUAUGACAAGUCUGUACCUUUUCUGUCUGAGAAUCAGAAAUCCAUGAAGCAGCACCUAUCAGUGUUGACUUUUGUGGUGAAUGGUUGGUGUUUUGUUUUUGUACACGAACUUGUGUUGACUUGAAUAUUCAUGUUAUAUUUUGGUGCCAAUUUUCUGUGACUGACUGAAAGGUUUUAUCGCACAAUGUUUCAUCUUUAGUUUCCUACUCAAAAGUUGACUGAACAAAAUGGUUUUGGCUCGUCCUCUUUUCAAGUGUUGAGGGUAUAACUCAUUGCUUUAUUCUCUUUUUCUUGGGGGGGGGGGGGGGGGGGGAUCUCAUAAAGUUAUCAAAUUGUUUCGGUUAAGUAUUUCAACAACAAUACUGCAAUAUGAGAAUUAUAACUUAUGAAAAUUUCAGUCAUUUACGCUUUUCUGCAUUUGUAUAUUCUGCAUUUAAUUAAUUGUCGUUUUACUCGAAUUUGCUUCAGGUUUGUCUUAAAAUUGCGCUAUUUUUCUUAUCUCAAGUCGUCUAAUUUAUAUAUCAUCAUGUUAUUGUUUCUACCAAUAGUCACAUUCUGAAGGAAACAACUUCCAUUCAGUGUUAGCUUAAAGGAGCUGAAAGUGUACAAUUUUUAUUUGCUGAAUGAAAGCCUAGGUUGAGUUUGUGUCUGGAGUUUCUUGCAGGCUGCUAGCCUUUGCUUUAACUACAUGUCAUAGAUAGGCUGAUUUUAUACUGUUCAAGAAUUCCACAUUCCAUUAUUUAUAUGAGAAGGCAUGUAACGGUGUUUUCUUUUUUAUGAUGCCUGUUAAUGUAUUUUGAAACACAAGUCUCAUUUGCUGCAGUGGACUUAAGUUUUAUUUUGAAAGCUCUUUUCUUUUGCUUUACACUAUGUGGUUAUCUUUUUAGAAAAUACCAAUACUCAGUGUUUACUAUAAGAUUUGUAUUAAGCUUGAUAGUGCCUGUGGCACCACGAAAGGACCCACUGGGAUCAAAUCCACACUUCUGGCUGUUCGCUUUAAUGACCAUUUUCAUUUCAUAAAUUACCUUACAGCUGUUCUCAUGUAUCUGAAAUGUUUGAAAAGUGUCUGGCGGUAAACGUUUUUCAUCUCUUCCCGUCCUGUUUCUGUCUGUUGUCUUGCUGCUUUUCACUUUUGUUGUCAGCAUGUUGUGUUUUUUAACUCAAAAUGGAAUGUAUUAGUAGUAGACAUCUUGUCAUAUAAUAUAGGUAGCUUCGAUGCUCAAAAGUGCUCUGCAAUAACACUCAUGUAUCACUAAAAGGAGAUGUAUCUUAUUCAGAGGUUUCCUGAUUGGAAACAACUACUCACUAUGAAUGCUCAAUGAUAGUGAAAGAAUCUCAUCAAAUUUGUUUGGGAUUUUAAACACUUUUGAGUCCGUUGCAAUAUAUGUAUGUAUGGCUCUGUCAAAGAUCACAUGCUGUUAAAAAACAACACUCAGACGAAACAGGGGCAAACGAAUAUUUUGAAAUGGCAUUCACCAGCUGGAUUUUCAGGUUUUAAGAAUCAUCAUAUGACAUUGCGAUUUUACGUUGACUCAGUUUAAUACAUUUAAUUACUACUUACACGGGUGCUAAAAAACAACUGUUUAUAGAGAGUUGUUUGAAGUUAAUUGUGUAUGGAAGGUAAUCAUUACGUUCCUUUUUAUUUGACAAUUUGUUGCUUGCGCCUGUUAGUUCUUGGUAGGUAGGAAUAGUAUGCUGCUGAUAAUGAAGUUUGUUUUAUGGACAUGAGGUGCAUAAAGUUGAUACCCUUUUGUUUCAGACGUGAUAUUAUAUCGUUAUUUUAAUUGUUGCUAAUGUUAGCGAAAUGCUGUUACCGUGAUAAUCACAGUAAUUGAAAUCUGAAGUCCAUUUUAAAAAAAUGAUAAUAAUAAACAGGUUAAAUUUACGAAAUAUUUAAUAGUAUCUGUUUCCUAAUUAGCUGUGGGUUUUUAUGCUGGUCCCUUGACAGUACUUAUGUCAUAGUUUGGUUGGAGAACGCGAAUGGUAGGUCCUACUUCUUCACUUUCCCUCUGUAGUUUCUUUCUGUCUAUCUUACUUUUCCCCCCAGCACUAAAUGACCGUUAUUGUGCCGUUGUGCUGAUGCUCUAUACUCGAACAAAUUGUUCCAGUUUUGCUUGUUGUUUUUGUUGUUAAAUUUAUUUCGGUCUUUUUUAAAUCUUUUUUUUUUUUAGAUAUAGUGUUUGCGGUUGUAGUUUUCUGUCAGUCAAGUAGAAUUUUCUCUUUUAUUCUUAUUGUAUAGUUUUGUUUUUGGUUUCAUUUGGGAGGCCGUAAAGGAGGGGGGCGCUGGUGAUGUAUAUAAUAAUGGCAGCUUGUGUCUUAGGUUGUGUAGUGAGUGUACAAAGUAGAAAGGCUGUAGUUCUUGUGGUGUGUACUCUUCAGUAGUAUUUGCAGUAACUGAUAGCAGUGUGCAUUUCAUGCAAAAAAGAUGCCAUUCAAUACAUUGGGGUGUUGUUGUUGUUUUGCUCAUGUGCGUGUGUUUGUAGCAUAUAUUGUAUUAUGGAGUGCGUCCUCAGUCAAAGUUGUUUUGAUACUGAGAUCACUUAUUUUUUGCUUUUUCAUGACAGAAAAAAA